UCAGGGGCGGCUACAUAUAUCGCUGUCACAGCCUGUCAUGCACUUUGCGCUCUGUCCGGGUUGCUCGCUGUAAGCAAUGUCUUCUUCGCUGUUGUCCGCGGUUCGGACCGGCACUUAUCGUGCCUUCCGGGGAAAGCUGAUCGGUUCAGCUUCCCUCCGCAUCCCGCUAUGCCAUGCAGUCCGGGAAAUGCACGGGAGCGCUACCCGGAACCCCACGGGCAGGCGCUCUCUGCUUGUAGCCGCUGGGGCCGCAGUGGUAGCCGGACUGGCAGCGGGGUACAGUCACCUACAGCGGGCGGAGAUGGCUCCCCGAAGCUCCGUGCCUGCGGAAGGCAGCCCGGGGGAUGACCUGGUUAAGCGGUGUGAGGGAUUUAUGGCCCCGCCGGUCACUGACCUCCAGCAGCUACGGGACAACCAGCAAGACAUGAAGACCCAAAUGGAGCUGCUCAUCAUGGGCACCCAGGCAGAGGUGUGCCGGGCCCUAGCCGAGGCUGAUGGAGGGGCCACGUUUAUUGUUGACCGAUGGCAGCGUCAGGAGGGCGGUGGAGGGGUCAGCUGUGUCCUGCAGGACGGGAACGUGUUUGAAAAAGCAGGCGUCAACGUGUCGGUGGUCCACGGGUAUCUCUCGGAGGAAUCCAUUAUGCAAAUGAAAAGUCGUGGGAAAUCCCUUAAAACUAAAGAAGGUAAAUUGCCCUUCUGUGCCAUGGGCGUGAGCUCUGUCAUUCAUCCCAAGAACCCUCACGUUCCUACAAUCCAUUUCAACUACAGAUACUUUGAAAUAGAAGAAGCGGACGGUAACAAGCAGUGGUGGUUCGGAGGGGGUACAGAUCUCACCCCUACAUACCUGGAUCAGGAGGACGUUGUCCACUUCCACCAGACUCUGAAGGACGCCUGUGAUAAGCACAGCCCUGGAUUUUACCCCAAAUUUAAGAAGUGGUGCGAUGACUAUUUUUUCAUCAAGCAUCGUGGGGAGCGGCGAGGCGUCGGGGGCAUAUUCUUUGAUGACCUGGACUCUCCAUCCAAGGAAGAGUUGUUUCAGUUUGUGCAGAGCUGUGCCAAGGCCGUUGUGCCGUGUUACCUGCCUAUUGUUGAAAAACACAAGAACGACUCGUUCACCCCAGAAGAUAAGCUGUGGCAGCAGCUGAGACGCGGGCGGUAUGUAGAAUUUAACCUUGUGUAUGACAGAGGGACCAAAUUUGGUCUCGCAACUCCAGGCUCCAGGAUUGAGAGUAUCCUGAUGUCCCUGCCAUUGACUGCUAGAUGGGAGUAUAUGCAUUCGCCACAACCGGGCUCCAAGGAAGCUGAAAUCAUCGGUAUUCUCCGUGAACCCCAGGACUGGGUGCAUUGAUUAGAGACUGCUUUUACUAGGUGGCACCAAACUAUGGAUUCCAGGAAAUGCUGUACGGUGGCGCUUUGGUGUUAACGUGCUCCAACCUUAACUUUUAUGUCUGUUAUACUUCUCAUUGCUGCUCAAACGUACAACUUCGCGGUGUUUUUGUGGCGCAUUUGGAUAUACUUGAUGCUGUAAGUUUUUGUGUUAUUGCCACUGAACCAUGAUUUCAAACAGAAUUCUAAACAGAGUGCCAACGUGGAGAAGUCUGAACACAUCUGCGUGCGCGGUAAUCACACUAUACCGAUCCAGCCAAUGAUUGUAUAGCAUGUUGGCAUAUUACACACAUUACGUUUUAUUUAUACAGCGCCAGCAGAUUGUUUAAAGCGAAUAUUACAACCACUAUGACCCAACCACAGACUUCUGUGCUUUUUAUGCAGUUCUCACCACUUCUGCAAUUUUAAAAUGAUAAAUACUUAUAUUUUUGUAACUGAUCCAGGUGUGGAUAAAACAAAAUCAACUGUGAAGCUUUAGUGUUCGGUUGGUGUGUGAUGUACAUGGACUUUAACAACAUUAUUUUGAAAGGUUCACUUGGACAAAAUAAUAUUUGCACGGCGGCAUAAGUGGGUCUUUUUUAAUCCCUCCUCUGAAGGUUUAAUUACACAAAAAUACAAACUUUUAGGCUGCCUUUUCGUUAUCGAAUUACUGCCUCUUUUUGUCACAUGGCAACUGUUCCUGGGGAAAAUGUGUGUGUAUAUAAGGGAAAGUUUUUAAGCGAUAAAACAAUUUAUUUAGGGUACCGGGAAUGAGGAUUCAGUACUGUAUCGUAGUAAAAAAUAUGCCGCUUUUUUCCCCCCUCCAUCUGUUAGCACAAAAUGCCGCAGCGCUUAAUAAAUAUGAUGCGACGGGUUUUAUCACUUCAAAAUAUGCACUGGUGAAGUUUUUCUCAAACGGAUCUGUCCUUAAUGAACGUGACUAAUGUACUGCCUCGGGACUGCUGGGAAUCUGUGAUUUAGAACCACCAAUGCAAAGUUAAUUUUAUAAUUUUUGUAUCUAUUUCUAUCAGCCAUGUUGGCAAAGUACACUUUUGCAGCAAAUAAAAUAUUUUGCUUAAA